AUGCAUACAUGGCAUGAAUUUGAUCCACACUUGUUGUCGUACAAAGACUUGUGUGAAGAUUUUAAGAAAGAACUUGGUUAUUUUAAAGUGAAACAACUCUUUGUUGUUGGACCAUCUGGUAGAUACUACAUAGUUGAAGAUGAUGAUGGUAUUCGAUCUUUACAAUGUCUGGUUUGUCAUGAGUUUAAGAAUAUUGACUUAUUUGUUGUAGAUGAUACGAACUUGACAGUUGAUACCCUUAACAUUCUUUAUCAUUUAGAGAGAUAUCAUGUAGAUGUUGAAGUCGCAUCAGAUAAUGAACAUGUACCAGAAGAUUCUGAUUGUGAGGUUGAUAUUCCUUCUGAUGUAGAGCAUGAUGAAGAAAGGCUUCGGUUGUUUGAGAAACAAAUAAACAGUACUGUAAGUGAUAAUUUAGAGCACUACAAGAAUUUAGAGAAGGGGAUGUCAUUUGCCACCGUUGAGAAAGCUAGAAAGACAAUGAACUACUAUGCUAUAGCUAGUAAACGUGGAUUGAAGAUUGAAAAAACUUAUCCUAACAGGGCUAGGUAUGUUUGUCAAGCUGAAUGCCCUUUUAAAUGUAAUAUUUCACAGGAUAAAAAAGGGGCUUCUGGAUUUAGUAUAAAAAAUUUGAUAAAUGAACAUACUUGUUUUCCAUGCUACAAAAAUUCGAGGGUUGAUUCGAAGACAUUAGCUCAAUACUUCAAAAGUAAAUUACAGAGAGAUCCUAAGUACAUUGUGAAGGAAAUGAGAGAAGAAUUAUCAACUGAUUUUGAUUUGAAUGUUACAAAAUCAAAGCUAAAUAGGAAUAAGGUGAUGAUCCUUGAAAAACUAGACGGGAGUUUCAAGGAUGACUUUAACAAACUUGAAGCAUAUGGGGCUGAAUUAAAAAAAAAGUCUAAUCCAGGUACCGAUGUUGAAAUAAAUAUCUCAAAAGAUACUUUUGAGCAAGGUAUAAAAAAGUUCUUGAGGAUGUAUAUAUGUUUUAAUGCCUUGAAGGUAGGUUGGAAAAGUGGAUUAAGACCACUCGUUGGUUUGGAUGGUACUUUUUUGAAGGAUAGGAUCAAAGGUCAAUUGUUGGUUGCAGUGGGACAAGAUUCUGUGAUUCAAUUCUAUCCAAUUGCUUGGGCAAUGGUUGACAAAGAAACUACCAAGACAUGGUCAUGGUUUGUAGAGCUUUUGAAGAGGUCUUUAGACCUUAAAGAUAGAAGUGGAGUGACUUUUAUUUCUGACAUGCAAAAGGGGUUACUAGAUGCUGUGAGCAAUGUACUUCCUGCAGCUCAUCAAAGAUUUUGUGUUAGGCAUAUCGAAGCUAAUUGA